GCUCCUCACGCAUGAGCUUAAGCCCACGCAGUUGAUCAAACUUGCUAAUGAUGCUGAGUUCUCUGUGAGAUCAGAGUUUUUUCUUUUGUCUUUCUCUCAUUUUUUUCUUCUUUUCCUUGCUGUGGUGGGGUUAUUUUCCUCUGGCUAUGGUGGAGUGUGAUGCCGGUGUUCGAUCUCUGGUUUUACUUUCCGUUGCGCGGAUUUCUCUUGCAAUUUGUUUGGUCGGUUGCUUUCCGACGGUGGUUGAAGCUGGUUUUGGGGGUUAUGCUCUGCUGCAAGUUCCGGUUGGGUCCCUGUUUACGACCUCUGAGUGGGUUCCGGCCUUGCCUGUUGUGCUUUGGGUUUUUAUGUUGAUCUUCUCUGUUCUUGGUUCUAUCUGGCCGGCGGUAGGGUUUCAUUCCGUGUUCUUGGUUGGCGUGGCUAUGUGGUUGGUUGGGGAUAAGUACUUAGAAAGCUUUGUGGUGGGACCUGCUGGGUCAGUCCCAUGUGGUAUUCCUUUCACCGCGCCCCAAUCUAUCAUUAGGUAUUACAACACAGGCUUUGAAUCUUUUGGACCCUACAAUAAAGUUCAAAUCCAAAGGUAACCAUUGUGCAAAUAUGGAUCCCACUGUAAGCAAACUUUUUUUUUUAGUACCAUGAAAAAAAAAAAAAAAAAAAAAAAUGAACGUUGUUUGAUUUGUGUUAUAAUAUCAUUAGUUCCUUGAUUCUUUCGUUGCAGUGUCUUAUUCAAAUUUUUUUUGUU